ACGGGGAGAAGCGACGAGACGAGCUGGGCUUCUUGUUUUUCUUCUUCUUGGCGUUGACUUGCUCAUCCGGCUCACCUCUUCUCGGGGGGGUGUGUGUGGGUUGCUGUCGCCUCCUUAGCAUCCUGACGCUAGCUUAAAAGGCGAGUUCACCGUCAUUAAAGAGUUGAUUAAAAGGCGGAGCUGGAUGACGGCGUGGAUGACGGCCUGUGUGGAAAAGUACAAGGGAAUCAUACCCAGCUCAGGUCAAGAAAGUGAAAGAUCAUCGGGAUCACUGCAUCGGAUUCCUGGUUAUGUGCUUGCCAUUUCCAAAUGACCAGGGCCUUCCCAUUGCAUUGCGCUGCACAGCAAGAACAUAAUGAUCUGGCAAUAAUCAGAAGCACGCACGCACACACACACACACACACACACACACAUAAGUCAAGUUUCAAGCAUUCUUGUCAGCAGAAACCGUGCCGGAGUGUCUUUGAGCAAGACAAUGGAGUGUGGGAUGACUACGGGGCUCUGCUCGUAUGGCCGACACUGAAUUAGCACAAACCACGGCCUAGUUUCCCACAAUUUGCCUUUACAGUAUGUGUAACUCAAAGACAUGCAACAGUAUGAGGUCAUUUGUUUGCACCUUUUGCCUGGAGAAACUGUUCCAAAGCUGAGUGCAACCGGGACGUGAGCAAAUCCCAACAUUGUCUUGUCUUGGGCUCCCCCUGUGGGUACAUUUAGUUCAGUAACAAAGCGGAAAUGCAGUAAAAGGCCACCCCGAGCAAACAUUUGCGUUCCUGUCAGCCAUUUCAACCCGAGUGCUCUUCUGCAGGACUCCCCGCCGUUCAUUUGACGUGUUUUGGAUCAUCACCGUGACAACGGGAGGUGCAAUGGGACAGCUGGAGGUGACCCGUCAUCAGCUCGACAUCGCAGCCCUCCAGCCACCGCAGAGGUGGAGCGCCGCUAUGUAUGGCUUUCCUUCUCCCCGUGCGGCCCCCUCCGCCGGCCGGACCGUGCUCUCCUCAGUCGAGGCGUGAAGGAGCGAGAGGAGCAUGCAAAAGCCCAGCGUGACCUUUGCGACUAUCAACUCCAACCGCAGUUUUGGGACUCUUGGGAGCUUGUGGACGCUGCAGUUGUGGACAAUGCUUGCCCUCUGGUUGUUCCUGCUCCCGUGCCUGGGCCUGGUGCCCGUGGCCCCGGCCGAGAAGGGCCUUGAGUUCCCACAGUACGACGGCAAAGACCGCGUUCUCGACAUCAACGACAAGAACUACAAGAAGGCCUUGAAGCAGUACAACAUGCUGUGCCUGUUCUACCACGAGCCCGUGGCGGACAACAAGGAGCAGCAGAAACAGUACCAGAUGACCGAGCUGGUGCUGGAGCUCGUGGCUCAGGUCAUGGAGGACAAAGACAUCGGCUUCGGAAUGGUCGACUCCCAGAAAGACGCAAAGGUGUCGAAGAAACUAGGCCUGGAGGAGGAAGGCAGCGUGUACGUGUUCAAGGCCGAUCGUGUGAUUGAGUUUGACGGCUGGCUCUCUGCUAACACGCUGGUGGAGUUCUUGCUGGACGUAUUGGAGGAGCCCGUGGAAGUGAUUGACAACGCUCUGGAGCUGAAGGCCUUUGACAGGAUGGAAGAGGACAUCCGCGUUAUCGGUUACUUCAAGGGCGAGGACUCUGAGCAUUACGAUGCCUUCAAGGAGGCCGCGGAGCAGUUUCAACCCUACAUCAAGUUCUUCGCCACCUUUGACAAGUCUGUGGCCAAAGAGCUGACCCUGAAGCUGAACGAAGUGGAUUUCUACGAGCCCUUUAUGGAGGAGCCCGUCACCAUCCCGGGGAAACCGCACUCCGAGGACGACCUGGUCAACUUCAUCAACGAGCACAGACGGCCCACUUUGCGAAAACUGCGUGCAGAGGACAUGUUUGAGACCUGGGAGGACGACAUCGAGGGCAUCCACAUUGUAGCUUUUGCAGAGGAGGAGGACCCGGAUGGUUUUGAGUUCUUGGAAAUCCUGAAGGAGGUGGCCCGGGACAACACACACCUGCCUGAGCUCAGCAUUGUGUGGAUUGACCCUGACGACUUUCCCCUGUUGAUCCCCUACUGGGAGAAGACCUUCAAGGUUGAUCUGUUCAGACCGCAGAUCGGAGUCGUCAACGUUACAGAUGCCGACAGCGUGUGGAUGCUGCUGGACGACGACGAGGAGCUUCCCUCGCCUCAGGAGCUGGAGGACUGGAUCGAAGACGUCCUCUCUGGAAAAAUCAACACAGAAGAUGACGACGAUGACGAGGAUGGUGACGACGACGAAGACGAUGAGGAUGAUGAUGACGACGACGACGACGAUGAGGAUGAUGAUGAUGAUGAGUAAUCCCCAUCUUUGAUUCUCAUAACUUCAACGUCGGCAAUUCCAUUACAGAACAUGUGGACAGUGAUAAUACGCAUAAUCAUACUUGUAUUUUCAAUACAGUAAACACACUUUUUUGAGGUUUGGUGAUUGAUAAUACGUCACAUUGCUCAUGGCAGUCAUAAAUAAAAACUAAUCUGUCAACAAUAACACAGUGAAACGUAUCUCAAGCAAACAGGUUUCACCUCAAUUUGCACUCACUGUUAAUAAAUCAACCUGGGUGCUUCA